AUUUUACGGCAGAAGCUAUCUGCUAUUGCACUCUUCCCGUUCCUGUCAAAUUUGAAUUAAUCAAAAAGUUUUCUUCAUGAGACAAAUUAGGACAUUUUAAGGGAAUCAGUCCAACCAUAAAGGAAGCCAGAAAGAUUUCUCCAGAAAACUUCUGUCGCUCAAGAUAUUGUUAAGGUGGCGUGGUCGGAGCAAGAUGUGGUCAAUCAAGGAACAUGAAAUGUAGUAAAUUAUUGGAAAUAUUAUCACUCAAUCAAUCAAUUAUCAUCGUCAUUUUCUUAGCCUUUAGGGUCGCGGGGGAGCCGGAGCCUAAACCGUCAACCGGAGGCUGAAAUUAUCCCACAAGUCUUCGGGCGGCAGUGUUGAGGUCAGACAUCAGUGCGCUUCGGCCAAUCGCAAACCACAGCCUGGAUUGCCAAUGGCAACCGACAUCAAACAAUUCCGCCUGGAAACGAACUCGCAAAACCAGGAGAGAUGAGCUCUCCUCUCUCUACACUGAGAAAGAACAGAAGAACACCUCUACCUGAGUCACAGAACAAUGGAAGAAGAGCAGUGCCAUUUAAAAAAACUCCCUAUACAGAACUGACCCAGCAGGAACUCAAGCUGAAGUCUCAAGCCCAGGAAAUCCAACAAAAGGAGAAAUUGAUUGUGGUUCUCAAGGAGAAGGUCAAAAUUCUUCAGAAUUCUAAAGACCCGAUCACAGACUCUAACACAACUGAAGAGCUGGAGAAGAGGUGCCUUCAGCUGCAAAACCAAGUCUGGGAGAUGGAGAGGUUCUUUAAUGACUACGGGAUGGUGUGGGUUGGAGAGAGGGAAGAACACAGCGCAGUUCAUACCCACGGCAGGCAGACCCAGUGGCAUCCAGGUCUCUCGGUGGUGCGGGAUUUCCACGUGAACUUUGACCUCGUCCUGGAGAACAUCAAGGACCUGAAUGUCCUGGCUGGGGAGGGGGAGUCGCACGUGGAGCGCACCGCGGGGGGAGCGCGGCUGGCGCGCCACACCCCCCUCCCCCUCCACCUCUUCAAGAACGGGAUCGUCAUGUUCAACGGCCCCUUCCGCCCCUACGAGGAUGCCAGCACACGGCAAUGUGUGCAGGACCUGAUGGAUGGAUACUUUCCAUCGGAGCUUCAGAAGAGAUUCCCUGAAGGCGUGCCCUUUGAGGUGUUUGACAAGCGAUCAGAGGUAUUCAGAGAGAGACAACGGUGGACAGAGUUCCCUGGCGAGGGGCAGGCUGUAGGAGGAAUCCCACUAACUAACAAGGCUGAGGCUUCACAAGUGACGAGCCAGCUGCCAGGUCCUAAACUGUCUGUUGAGCAGUUUUUAAAUAGGUUGCCCAAGGCUGUCAUCAAGGAAGGCAAAGUCAUAGACAUCCGGGGAUCUAUCAGGGAAAACCUGGAGGGGACCUCCAGCACCCAGAGCCGCAGCGUAGUCCUCAUAGAGACGCCAGCUCUACAGGCCAUGAAACAGAGGUUAGAAAUGAGUGUGGCAAACCGCCCUCCCACCCCACAGAACAUUUCCACGCUGCGGGUGAAGUCAGAAGAUGGCGAACAGACAUUCAUCGUCAAAAUGCUCUUCUCAGAAACCAUCGGGCAGCUCCGCCAGUACCUCAACACACACAGGGGAGAAGACUGCCCAGAGUAUGACAUCAUCAGCGCCUUUCCCCAGAGGCAGUACGGCGACGAGUCCCAGACCCUGCAGCAGUGCGGCCUGACGCCCAACGCCACUCUGCUCCUCCGAGUCCGGACUGGCCAGAACUCCUCGGGUCUUCAGUGAUCGCCGUCAGCACAAACCGGGGGAAACGGGAGGAGAAGAGCUCGCCUUCUUCUUUCAUCUUAGGAAGAUACUGUCCCCCUCCUUCCAAGCGCAGGACACCGGUAGCCUGGCCAUGGAAACCACUGCAAGAACAGUCCGUCCUCUGCGCAGCUUUCACUGCAGGGGGCUCUUGGGGAGUGGGAAGUUGCCACUGUUGCAGGCCACCAGCUGGCUCAUUUACAAAGAUUAUGUUCUUCCAUAGCAAUCACAUUUAUUACAACAAAUUACAAUGUGCUAGCUAUAAUUUGCCAUUCUUACAGGUCCUGUUAACAAAAUUCCCAUAAGCUGAACGUUAUUUUACUCUUCUACUGCCUGUUAAUAAAAAAGGAAAGUUUUUGAAAGCCCCUUUUUAAAAGUCCAACACUUAGGGCUGGAAAAGUUAACUAUUGCAUUGACAGAUUUAAGGCGUUGUUUUGGACAUUUCCCCUGCAUUUUAAUGUUUGUCUAAAAUGUUGUCCUAAAUGUUCAUAGACUUUCUUAUUUCAGAGGGUGGACAAAAAUAAAUCAAACUGUGUGCUCUCUAGAA